UCUUCAAACACUCCCUGUUUGUGGGGCCCGCGCGCAGCUCGCGCUCUCUCUCCACAUGCGCAUUAGUUUCUCACAUUUAUUGACGUUACCGGACAUUUUUUACCAGUUUUGAUUUUUAAUUUUUUUUCCACGUGAAGCUUUUUUUUCCACCUGAACCUUUCCCUCGUUGGUUUGUUCAGGAGAGUUUAACAGGCACUCGUUGGAUUACUGAGUGAUAGUCUAUCUCUCUACCUGUUGCGACUUGUCAGGACCUACGUGUGUUUGCGUGUGCGUGUGUUUGCGCGCGCAUUCCCAGGUGCAGUUCAGGCGCGGCCUCAGCGCAAUAGCAAAGUGUCGCGAGCGUGGUCGUGCCAUGGCCGUGAACGAGAGGGCUGCGCGAGCUCUGAGGGACAUCAUGAAGCGGCAAGGCAACGGAACCUGCGCGGACUGCGGCGCUCCCGACCCAGAAUGGGGAUCCUGUUCCCUGGGAGUGUUUAUUUGCCUCACUUGUUCCGGCAUCCACCGGAACAUUCCCAACAUCGGAAAGGUCAAAUCUGUCCUACUGUCCCACUGGGAGGACUCUGAAGUUCAGUUUAUGGCGGAGAAUGGAAACGAGGUGUCCAAAAGUAAAUUUGAGGCUUAUGUGCCGGCGUACUACUACAAACCCACUCACAAAGACUGCCAAGUCCUGAAAGAGCAGUGGAUCAGAGCUAAGUAUGAGCGUCAGGAAUUUAUUCAGGACAGUAAGCCGCUGGUGUAUGAAGAGGGGACCAGAGAUGGAGUGCUAAUGAAGAGGGGGCGAGACAACGGGCAGUUCCUCAGUAGACGAUUUGUCCUGUCUGAAAGAGAAGGGACACUUAAGUAUUACACAAAGUUUGAUGCUAAAGAAGUAAAUAAAGCUAAAGCUGUAAUAAAGGUGGACACCAUCAACGCCUCAUUCCAGCCGGAGAAGAUCGGCAACCCUAACGGCCUCCAGAUCACUUACCUUAAAGACUACAACACGCGCAAUAUCUUCCUCUAUCACGACAACAGCAAGGAAAUAGUGGACUGGUAUAACUCGAUUCGAGCCGUCCAGCUGCAUUACUUGAAAGUAGCAUUCCCUGGGGCUUCCGAGCUUGAAUUAAAACCCAAACUGACACGAAACUUCCUGAAAGAGGGUUACAUGGAGAAGACAGGACCAAGGCAAACAGAGGGUUUUAAGAAGCGGUGGUUCACCCUGGAUCACAGGAGAUUAAUGUAUUUCAAGGAUCCUCUGGAUGCAUUUGCUAAAGGCGAGGUGUUCCUGGGUCACAGAGAUCUGGGUUACAGCGCCAGUCCUGGCUUACCGGCCAGCACUCAAAGCAACGGCACCUGGCAACAUGGCAUCACCAUAGUGACGCCCGAGCGCAGUUUUCUGUUCACCUGUGAGACAGAGGCGGAGCAGCUGGAUUGGCUGAAGCACUUUAAUCACGUCAUCAGCCUGCAGAUGUCGCCGCAGGAGUACAGCAUGGAGGCCCUCUUCAAGCAUAAACACUGAUGGAUUCACGCACUUUUCUCGACCCCAGCCUGACCUAUCACCUCUUGAUUUUGAGAAUUAAACACUACUUGUUUAUUUUUUAUA